AUGAGGUAUGUAUUUGAUCAGCAUCGGUUGUGCGCGGUGAUUUCAUCAGUUAGUCCGAAGUCAUUUUCUUUAUAUAGUCAGUUUACAACUGCUUUCAAUAUGCGGUCUGCGGAACAAGAUCGAGUUCCAAAGGUUGAGCGAGUGCCUUUAUCAGUAAUUUGCACCAGUGCAUCGGACAAGAUAACAGAACGGAGCCAAAAUCGUCUUCUUCGUCCUAUCUUUAUUAAUGGUGUUGAAGUUGGCUUCGCCUAUUCUAAAGGUGCAAAUGCGGUGAAAAAAUUGAGCGCACGUGGAAUAACAAUUACCUUGUGGUAUUUUAUAUCACGUGGUCAUCAAGCUCAAGCACUUUUGCCAUUUUGUUUUAAAAGUUAUCCAGAUAAAUCGAACCGCUGGGACGAGCUUAUGGCUCUUUAUCGCAUGAAUCUAAUUGAAUUUACACCAGGAAUUGGUAGUGACAAAUACGUUGAAGUAAAUCGUAUCAUGGCAAUGCGUGCCCGCGAAUACGGUGGUUGCAUGGUGGCACGAUCGCAAAUGCACGUUAUUGUUGAACAGAAUCCAAUGCUUGAUCGCACCGUUGAACAGAAAUUGCUGAUGCCGUCAUUCAAUGGAAACGAUAUUAUCUUCCCCAUUGAUGGGCCCCUCGGAAGAAAUGGAUAUACUUUUGCGGAUACGCUCACAUGUACGAUCGCUGACCCAGAAUGGUCACGUUGUAUCUUGCAACAAAUGAGUCUUCGUGACCAACGAAUCUGGAUGACUAAUCUGGCUAACAUCAUUCAAAACUCUCAAUGGAUAACAGCUGCUGGAAAAGUAUGUCGCCACCAGUCACAACAUUUCGUUUCCGUUCCACCAAUACAUUCGUCGCUCGAGCUUCACCCUCCUGAGACGAAUCCUCCUGAAAAUCGCGGAUUUUCUAAACUGCGACAUCGAACACGCCGAACUCGCUUUUUGAUGAGUACCAAUGGACAUUAUCACCGACCCGGCUAUAAUAACAGUUACAUGGAUCAUUCUUCAAAUCGUCGUAAGAACUGGACGCCGAAGCACGGCUUUUUUGAUGCAAAUCACUACUUUGUACCUUCAUAUCGACGGAAUUCACGCAAACAUGAUGAAAAAAAGGUGAGUUACAUUGGUCGUCCGAAUUCGAUUUAUCGUUUGAAUGUUCCAUCGCACACCUCGGCUAACAAUGAUACCAGAAGUGGUGGACCUAUCAGUCGACGGAAAACGACAGCAGCAGAUAAUCGUAAUCGUCUUACCAAUGUUAAGCCAAUCUUCGAUCGAAACCCAAAUUUAUUUGGAGCAAAGGACGAAUUGAAUAAACUUGCCCGAAUAGUGGAAGAAACUGAACAAGAAGAGGAUGAGGACGGUAGUAAGAAUGAUCUGGAUGAGGAACAGGAGCAGGAGGAGGAUAAGGAAAAGUAUGAGAAGAAAGAAAAAGAGGAGAAAGAGUUACUAGAAAGCAAUGCUUCUCCAGAACAGACCAAAGAACACUCAAUGAAGGGUAAGGAAGAUGCAAGCGCUACCUCUAAUGAUGCCGAGAGAGAUCAUCAGUUUAUAUCGUCCCGAGGAGAUAACGAUGUUGCAUCCUCCGUCGUCAAUGCUGAACUGCCGUUGGAAAUUGCAUUCAAGAAUAAACUUAUCAUUUGUUUUAGUUCCAAUGAUGCUGAGUCUGUUGCUGUAAGAGUUGCUGGUUGUAAUAAUGAAAAUGAUCUAAUUCACUUCUCGGACUCUGAACUGGAAAAUGAUAAUCCUCUCCAUGAAACCGAAAUAUUAAUGAUAACAGUGUCGCAAAUUACUGGUUUCAGUUAAAGAACAAAUAAUUUCCACAGGCUGUUUCAAAUGCGACGUUUUGAAAUGUCGGUUGGGAUGGAAUAAGUCAGUAAUGACUUAAAUAUGAAAAAUAAACCGAGACUAGUUUUCUCGCCAGUAUCAAGCGGCGGUGUAAAUUCAGGUACGGAAAAUGCAGCGCUAAAUAUUUCGCUCGCUUGCAAAGGAAAUACGUAACAUACAACGUGAUAUUUGGAUGAAACAUAGUAAAUAACGUCUUCAUCGACAACACAGUUCUAGCCAGUUUAGUAAGUCGAAAAAUCUAAAACCCCAGGAAAUUUCCCCUUGUCUCGUUGUAUAACGUAUUUUUUUUUCGUAUUUUUGUCACUCAUGGCAUUCGACAUUACUG